AUGGAGAACAGACCGGAUGAAUCACGCCGCCGACUGUCAUCAACAUGUCCUCCUAUUCCGCCGGCUCGAGGUAGCAGCUCCCGCGCUGAGGGGAGUAAGACAAGUAUUUUGUCUCCUGGGGAUAGGAGCCCCGCCGACAACGAAAACCAGGCACGGUUAUCGACUGAAGAUGCCUCCCAGACUAGGUCAUGGUCUGCAGCUGAUGGCGAUUCCGACAUUUUCAAAACCAACACGAACACCAGCGACACCAGUGUGGCGGACACGAGUGAUGAUGAUAAUAAUACUGCCGAGAGCAACCCAGUCACAGCGAGUAUGGAUGACGACCACAUCAAUACCACCCUAGCCCAGACAUUAGCUUCCAGCAUGACCAUUACCAAGGACGAAGCCCCGAGCAGCAACGAAGCCUCGAACAGCAACCAAACAGACACCACUACAGCCGAACAAGAACAAUCCGAAGAAGUCAUCGACUACGCCUCCAUGGUAGCCGAAGCAGGUGACUACUUUUUUGACCCGUUCGGCACCGAAAGCAGAGAAAAAGGCAAGGGAAUAGACAGGAGCGUUGCUCCCCCUUACCUCUACCACGACAUGUACCAUCUUCGUCCUCCUCUCGAGAUCCCGGAGUGCCCGUACCCGCCACCAGAUAAUGAGGACGGGACCUCGUGGUACGUAAGGUCCGAGAAGGAUGAAGAAGAGCGUCGAGAACUUUGGAAUAACCGCCCGCAGUGGGCGAGGGAUAUUGUGGAGCAGGUUAGAAAGGAGCGGGAGGAGGCGGAUAGGUGGAGACACGAGCAGCGGGUUAGGGAUAGGUUACCGCCUUCGGAUUUGAGAGGUCCGCCGCCUGUACCGGAGAAGAAGAGGCAUAGGGUUGGUCAGGGUGCUGCUGCGAUGAGUAGUGAGGAUUGGGGGUUUGCUGGGAGGGGUGGGGAGGGAGUUGGGACUAGGGGGAUGGGGGUACCGGAUAUCUUUGGGAGUGGCGGCGGUGGCGGUAGUGGUAGUGAUAGGAGAACCACCACCUUUGUUGGAGGAGCAAGCGGGCGGGAUAAUAGGUCGCUUUCUUAUGCGGAGGUUAUGAUAAAUGCCAGGAGAAAUGAGGCUGCGCAGGCGGGGGCUGCUGCUGCUGUUGCUGCGAUGCAGGGGAGGAAGAAGAGGAGGUUUUCGUUGACGGCGUUGCCAGAGAUUCCGAGGGGGUUUGGGAGGUUGAUGGGACGGGUUAUUGGGCAUAGUGGGGGCCAUGAGAACAGCGAGGUGGUGGAGGAGAGGGAGGAGGAAGGGGGGGUUGUUGAGGAAGAGGAGGAUGUGGGACGGGGUGAGAGGGGUGUGACGAGGAGUGAGGAGAGUGAGGAUGGGAUUUUCAGUCGGUCUGUGAGGCCCUGGGUUUAA